GAAAACAGAAAAGAAAAAAGGAGUAGUCGACGCUUGGGUCCUCGGAAAAGUCGUGACGGAGAGACGUGAGAACGAGGAAGGAAGACGCGCCCGUGUGCACCAAUGGCGGCGACCGACCCUUAUUUACCCAACUCAAAAUGGCGGCCCUUCGGAUUUUCGCACGAACCGCAUUCUCAGGAAUUCGCGGAUCCCUCACACACAACCAAUCGAAGAAAAAUACUUUUCUGAUAAUUCAACAGCAGAGAUGGGCUACUAUGAAAAUUGGCUAUGGUCACCAAGAAAAAGAGGUCGAACUUCCUGAUUUUGAAGUCUCAAAAGAUCCAGCAGAAUGGAAAUAUGUAGAAUGGACACUGCAGGGAGAAGUUGUUCCCUCACCGCCCAGCGAAGUCAAAGAAUAUCCGUCAGGAUGGAAACCUCAGUCUCAUGAAGUAAAAUCACUCCCAUACAUGGUGGAGCGGACGAAAAAUCACAUGAUACCGGUGUACCUGAGACGAACUCACAGAGGAACGCAGAGACAGACGAUAAUUCGUAAAGUUCAGGGUGACAUUGUUGGAUUAGAAAAAGAAUUAAGAAACCAUUUGGAGCCAAUAGCGUGCAAGAAGAUAGGAUCGCAGAUCAACGAGCCAGCUGGAUUAAUUAAAUUUCGCGGAGACUACGUGAAUUUGUGUAAAAUAUAUUUGAACGAUAAAGGUUUCUAAAAAUUGGAAUACCUUUUGUUAAACUGUGUUUUUUAAUUUCAAAAUAUAAAUGAUAAGGGUAACGAAA